AUGGACAACUCGACAUCGGUCGGCAGUGAUGCUGUUUUGAAAGCCCACCUCAUCGAAGUUCUGUCGAUGGUCCGCGACUCUCGCUUCUCAUUCUUGUGGAUUUCUUGCUCGAUUACGGCUCGCACGCGCAAGCAGCCAGCGAUAUGGUGCUUACAAGAUGCAGAGAAGCGAGCCAUCGACAACGUGGCCAAGAACGGCCUGUUCACAUGUGAAGAGAACAAAGCAAGUCCUCACUAUGCUUCCGAGACUACCACUUUCUACCGCAUACCGGAAUCCACGACGAACACAACCAUAACCGCCACUGUUCUAAUCAACAUGGCCCACGUGUCGUUCGCACCCGGCGGAUCAACUCCAAGCGACAAUGGCCACGCAUACGACGAUGCUACUCACUCACCGCGCGGUCCUCUACGAGUGACGAACGAUUCCAACCACAAACACAAGCCACACGAUUUGAACCUCCAACACACAAGCCCAACCAACACCGAGGAGUCACUUGAAGACUCGCGUCAGACCUCCCUCGGCUUGGAUCCCGCCAAUGCCAACCUACUCCUCGAUGUCAUGAUCAAAGUCCGCUUAAUACCCGUCGCUCUCGGUCUCAAGCACUCAAGGAACUUCGAAGACAUCAGUCGUGCUCUGACAGAAGCCUACGCCGUCCACAAAUACGCCGAAGCAUGCGGCGCAAGCACAGCGAUCGUAGCGAGAUGUUGCUACUACAUCGCCGUCGGCGAGUACGGCGUCAAUGGAAAGGACAGGUAUCGAAGCCGGACUUACCUGUGGUUCGAGCAGGCUCUGGAUGCGGCUGGAGUCUACGAUGAGAGCAUCUGGGCACAGCAGUGGAUCGACUACUACGACGACUUGAUGCUCAAUCCGGGGAGAAGCGAGGCGGCGAGGAGGAAGAUGUCUAGCUUCGGCGCCGCUCACGACCGAGUCCGCGCCGCAAAGGCUCAGCCACAGACCUCAGACAAAAGCGAUAUCCGCCAUACCGAACUCCUCACCGAGCCCGAACCUGGCGUUCUCAUCCUCACUCCCGUGAGCAAACGCUUCUCGCUGGACGUCAGAGACGACUACACCUCCCCUACCUCUCCCAGCGCCCCCUCGUCUCGACGCUUCUCCGCGGAAAUGUCCACCAUCUCCGGCGACUACAACACCGAAUCCCCUCCAUCCACAUCUGAUCGUGCCGGAGGUGAGCGGAUCCCCGACUUUUCCAGCGAGGAGGGAAGCGGGUACAGUUCCUCUCCGUGCCCAAGUCUCACGACCGGCACGACCGUGCAAUCCAUCACCAACUUCAGCCCGGACUUCAAUCUACAGCAACCAACCUCGCCUUCCGGUCGUAAAGACGCUGCGUCUCUGGCGGAAGAGCUUGACCGCGCACAAUCGCCCAAGACGCCGUCGAAACCGGAGCGGCCGGGGUCUUCGGGCACAAUGGCUGCAGCGGUCGCGGAGGCGGAGGCGAGAGAAAAGGAGGAAGGGAAAGAGUUGCUUGGGAAGAGGAGUCAAGGAAGGAAGUCGAUUGAGUUUGUGAAGAGGAGUGUGAGUGCUUUUUUGUUUUCAUCGAAAGAGUCGAAGUUGACGGAGGGGUUGUUGGAGGAUGGCGAGAGUCCGGAUUUUGGACCGAAGAGUGGAGGAAGUGUGAAGGUUGAAGGUGAGGAGGGGUUGGGAGAGACGUGGUAG